AUGACAUCUCUCCUGCGCCGCCUCCUCCCAACACGCAUACCCAACACAAGCUCCCAACAACGCGACCACCACGCCAACGAACGCACAUUCCUCUCAUGGACCCGCGCAGGCCUGGGUUUCGCCGCAAUGGCCCUAGCCCUAGACCGCCUGGACAAAAUCGAUCAAAUGCUCUCCUCAAAAUUGAACCUGGGAGCUCUAUUAUCUCCGCAGACACACUCGCAAGUGGAACUUCAAGAAAUAGAGCACUCUGCAAACAAGAAUACGGCUCCAAAGCAUACGCCUGGGACAGCAGGUAACAUCCACGAUUCCAAGGCACCUUCCAGCGCGGUGAUGCUGUCGAAUACGUUCUCUGCAUCUCGACUGUGCCAGUUACUCGGCCUAUGGUCAUUGGGGUAUGGAUUCUUCCGGUAUUGGUCGAUGAGGAGGUAUUUACUUCAGGGGCAGUUUGUGCCUGCGUUUUGGGGGCCGGUGUUUAUGACUGCGGGGAGUUUUGGGGCGUUUAUGAUGUUAGGGGUGCAGAUGGAUCGGCGGCAUGCGCAUCGGGAGUGA